AUCGGUCAUCACAAGUAUUUCUGCCAGAAAUUGUAGAACCAAAAAAAAUAGAAAUGAAGGGGACAAUCUCUCUUCAAGUCCUAAUAUUCUCAAUCUUUUUCUUUUCAGUUUCAUGGGCCAUUCCAACCCAAACCCUUCUCGAGAACUUUCUACAAUGCCUUACUACCCAAUCCAAUUCGAUCUCCAAUGCCAUUUACAUCCAAACCAAUCCUUCAUUUGAGUCUGUUCUCACAUCAUACAUCAGAAACAGAAGAUUCACAACACUCCCAGCUCCAAAACCUCUAGCAAUAAUCACAGCAUUGGAAGAACCUCAUGUCCAAUCAACUGUUGUUUGUGCUAAAACACAUCUCCUGCAACUUAGAAUCAGAAGUGGUGGACAUGACUACGAGGGACUUUCGUACCGAUCCGACGUCCCAUUCGUAGUCCUUGAUAUGUUUAAUCUUCGAUCCAUCGAUAUCGAGCUUGGAAAUGCUAGUAGUAGUACUGCUUGGGCUCAAGCAGGUGCAACACUUGGUGAACUCUACUACAAAAUAGCCAACACAAGUAAUUUUCUUGGCUUUCCUGCUGGUGUAUGUCCUACCCUGGGCCUUGGUGGACACAUUUCUGGUGGUGGGUAUGGUAAUAUGAUAAGAAAAUAUGGUAUUUCUGUUGACAAUGUUAUUGAUGCAAGAAUAGUCGACGUCAAUGGUCGAAUCCUGGACAGGAAAUCAAUGGGAGAAGACAUGUUUUGGGCUAUUAGAGGAGGUGGGGGUGCAAGCUUUGGUGUCAUACUUGCCUUGCAAUUUAAAUUGGUUCCAGUCCCAGGAAAUGUGACCGUGUUCAGGGUUCACAGGAAUCUAGCACAAAAUGGUACUGAUAUCGUUUAUCGGUGGCAACAAGUUGCUAGUAUAUUGCCCGAUGAGCUCUUCAUAAGAGCAAUGCCACAACUAGAAAAUGGAACAGUGAACAUUGCUUUCAUUGGAUUCUUUUUAGGUCAAGCAAACAAUCUUCUUCCUUUGAUGCAAAGUAGCUUCCCUGAGUUGGGUCUACAAAAGCAGGACUGCCAUGAAAUGAGAUGGGUUGAAUCUCUUGUUUAUUGGGCAGAUUUUCCAAAUGGAACAUCCAUUGAUGUCCUACUUGAUAGGCCAGAAGGUGCUCAGGUGUUUUCCAAGUUGAAAUCUGAUUAUGUGAAAAAACCCAUCUCAAAACAAGGCCUGGAAACCAUAUGGAAGAUGAUGAUCGACACAAGAACCAAUAUAUGGAUGCAAUGGAAUCCGUAUGGCGGAGCAAUGAACAAGAUCCCAGAGACUGCAUUGCCGUUCCCUCAUCGAUUCGGUAAUCUCUUCAAGAUUCAGUAUGCAACAAUAUGGACUAAUGAGAGUGAUACUGAUUACAAUUUAGAUGUGUUGAGGAGGUUUUAUGAUGGUAUGACUCCAUAUGUGUCAAAGAGCCCAAGAGAGGCAUUUCAGAAUUACAGAGACAAUGAUAUUGGAAGCGGUAAGAGCGAUAAAAUAGUGUGGGCAAAUGCUACUGCUUAUGGAACCAAGUACUUCAAGAACAAUUUCUGGAGGUUGACACAAGUGAAGGCUAAAGUUGAUCCUUCUAAUUUCUUCAUUCAUGAACAGAGUAUUCCACCUCCAUUUGCACACAUAUAGAUAUAUGUAUAUCAUUGCAGACAAUAAAACUUGGAUUUCUUAUUUAUGCAGUUAAGCUUAUUUUACAAUGGUAAUUAAUGUAUGUUCUAUAUUAAUGAUAAAAAAGUUGAGUGUAUCUGUAAUUGAUUGAUGAAUAACAUAUAUUUCUAUUACUGCGCCA